AUGGGUGAAGUUGGAAAGUGUUGGUGUGGGGAUUUAUCAGCGUUCUUUGAAAAAUCAAAGCCAAGCUUGGCCAUGAUAUUUGUUCAGUUUGGUUUUGCAGGGAUGAAUAUAAUAUCAAAAAUGGCACUGAACCAGGGAAUGUCUCACUUUGUGUUGGUAUUCUAUAGGCAUUUAGUUGCUACAAUAGUUACAGCUCCUCUCGCUUAUUUCUUGGAAAGGAAGACAAGGCCAAGGCUAACAUUCACGAUCUUCUGUGAAAUUUUCAUUAGCAGUCUAUUUGGGAUAACAUUGAACCAAAUAUUUUACUAUUCGGGAUUGAAGUACACAACAGCUACAUUUGCAAGUGCACUUAUCAAUUUAAUACCUGUCAUUACCUUUCUUAUGGCUAUCAUUUUUCGAAUGGAAAAAGUAGACUUUAAGAGUCGAGCUGGUCAAGCAAAGAUAAUUGGAACCUUAGUUUGUGUAAGUGGAGCCAUGAGUAUGACAUUCUAUAAAGGAAUAAAAAUACAGUUGUGGCCAUCACCAUUCCAUUUUGGUGAACAUAAUGAAAGUGAUAGUAAAAAUGAGGACUUGACUAAAGGCUCCUUGAUGGUGGUGAGUGGUUGCAUCUUCUUUUCAACAUGGUUUAUUUUUCAGAAAAGUAUUUCUAAGAAAUAUCCAGCUCAAUACUCUAGCACUACUAUAAUGUGUUCUCUAGUCACCAUACAAUCUGCUGUUCUAACACUAGUCUUUGAACGAGGUCAUUAUGGGGUGUGGAUUCUAGGAUGGAAUGUGAAACUUCUUACUGCAAUCUAUUCAGGAGUUGUAGCUUCAGGAAUAGGUCUUUGUUUAAUGGCAUGGUGCGUUAAAAAAAAGGGACCAGUGUUUACCACUAUGUUUAGUCCAUUAGUAUUAAUAAUAGUUGCAAUUGUUGGCUCUAUAUUUCUUGAUGAGAAACUUCAUUUAGGAAGUGUUAUUGGUGGGAUGGUGAUUAUUAUAGGUUUAUAUUUUGUGCUUUGGGGUAAAGCAAAAGAAAUGAAAAAGAUUGUAAAGAUACCAGAAACAUCACCUACAAUCUCUAGCAGCAAAGAAUUGAAUAACAUGCAACACGAUGAGGAAUUUAUUAACAAGCAACAAAGUGAAGAUGGUCAUAAGGUAGAAGCGAGAGAAGAAAUUAACCAUAAAAUAUCAGUUGAUACUGAACAUAGCCUUAAGGAGAUAGUAACAUAUGCUCAAUAA